AUGCUCUUGAUUGACACGGGUAGCUCCAACACCUGGGUUGGCACCGACCAGUUGUAUACCCCCACGAGCACUUCCACGGACACCGGCAACACUGUCCAAGUCUCCUAUGGCUCGGGCUUGUUCUCCGGCGAGGAUCCGUCAGCGUCGCUUCCUCCGCCCAGGGCUUCACCGGUGUCGACGGGCAUCCUCGGUGUCAGUCCCACCGACCUCACCAGCGGCACCGUUUCCAACACGGACACUGUCCCCACCGUCACCGACAACCUGUACUCGGCGGGCACAAUCAGCACCGAGGUACUCGGUAUCUACUAUGCUCCUGCUGCUGGCUCGGACUCGACGGGCGAGCCGAGCUUCAGUAGCGUGGAGUCUGGACACGAGCAAGACGACGGGCAAUCUACAGCUCAACGUCGAUCCUGGACUCAACUGCUGGUAUCGUUGACACCGGCACUACGGCACUACACUGAUCCUCAUCGCUUCCGGUGCCUUCUCGAAAUACCAUACAGCAGCCUCUCGGACCUGAACUUCAAGAUCGGCGGGACGACGUACGCGCUGAACGCGAACGCGCAGAUCUGGCCGCGUGUCCGCGCCCGAGAGAGAACAGCGUGGCGAGCGACACAUUGCCACGUUCCGCGAGGCGCAGGCGCGCUGCUCGCGCGCGGCUUCUCCGGCGUUUGGCACGGCGCCGGGGAUGCAGCAGCUGCUGCCGCCUGUGGCAAGGAGCGAGUUGCCGUUGUUUGGGGCGGGGGCGUGGAGGAGUAUCGGUGCUGGUGCUGGUACAAGUGGUGGUGGUGGUGGGCGUCCAUCGAGCCGGGACAUGUUGCGCGCUGA